AUGAACCCAGGCACACCGGCCACGAUUGGAAAGGCGGUAUUGCGUCUGCGGCGGACCCAAUUAGCGGCCAUGACUGGACGAGCGGUCUCCACCGCUCCUUCUUCGCUCUCCCUCUCCACCAUCCCACCUUCGUCUGCAGGACAAACAACAACUCGUUCUUUUACCUCUACUCGCUCCCCCCUCAAUUCACCGUCUCCCUUACAUCCUAGUACGGCGAGAUCGAAUCCCAGAUCGUCUAGAUCGCAACCAGCGGCCGUCAAGCGUGCUGCCCAAUUAACGAGACAUUUUACUACGUCCUCGACCGCACUGUCCUCGAAUUCUACUAMCCCCGCCAUGUCUUAUUCUAUCCGCAAAAUCGGCGCGGCCCAUACCCUUGAGCACCGUGUGUUCAUCGAGAAGGAUGGCGUCCCUGUCUCUCCUUUCCACGAUAUUCCUCUGUAUGCCAAUGAGGAGAAGACCGUUUUGAACAUGAUCGUUGAGAUUCCUCGCUGGACCAACGCUAAGCAAGAGAUCUCCAAGGAAGAGUUCCUCAACCCCAUUAAGCAGGACACCAAGAAAGGCAAGCUACGUUUCGUCCGCAACUGCUUCCCCCACAAGGGUUACCUCUGGAACUACGGUGCCUUCCCUCGCACCUGGGAAGACCCUAAUGUCGUCCACCCCGAGACCAAGGCCAAGGGUGAUAACGACCCAUUGGACGUUUGCGAAAUCGGUGAACUCGUCGGUUACACCGGUCAGGUCAAGCAGGUCAAGGUUCUCGGUGUCAUGGCUCUCUUGGACGAAGAAGAGACCGACUGGAAGAUCAUUGUCAUUGACGUGAACGACCCUCUUGCCCCUAAGCUCAAGGACAUUGAAGAUGUUGAGCGUCACCUCCCUGGCCUUCUCCGGGCCACCAACGAAUGGUUCCGUAUCUAUAAGAUUCCUGACGGAAAGCCCGAGAACCAGUUUGCUUUCUCCGGAGAGUGCAAGAACAAGAAGUAUGCUGAGGAGGUCAUCCGUGAGUGCGCUGAUGCCUGGGAGAGACUCGUCACCGGUGCUGCCCCCAAGGGAGACAUCAGCCUUGCCAACAUCACUAACUCCAACUCCCCCGAUUUGGUCGACAAGAGUGCUCUCUCCAAGAUUCCCGCUGGCGAGAACCUCCCCCCUGCUCCUAUCGACGGCAGCGUCGACAAGUGGUUCUUCAUCUCCGGUGCUGCUGUUUAA